AUGGCGGCCUCGGCUGCUAACUUCUACCAAGAUGUUGACAUUACUUGGGGCGAUCAACGAGCUAAGAUACUCAAUGGCGGCCAAGAUCUUAACUUAUCCCUUGACAAAUUAUCUGGUUCGGGUUUUCAAUCCAAAAAUCAGUUUGUUUUUGGAAGAUUUGACAUGCAACUGAAGCUCGUACCUGGAAAUUCAGCUGGAACUGUUACAACAUUUUAUUUAUCUUCUCAAGGAACUGAACACGAUGAGAUUGAUUUUGAGUUUCUUGGAAAUGUUUCUGGCCAGCCAUAUACCGUUCAUACCAAUGUUUAUUCUAAGGGAAACGGCAAUAAAGAACAACAGUUUCGCCUUUGGUUCGAUCCCGCUACAUCUUUCCACACCUAUUCUGUUGUUUGGAACACACAACGCAUCAUUUUCUUGGUGGAUAAUAUCCCUAUAAGAGUAUUUACCAACCAUGAAGCCAUUGGGGUUCCAUAUCCCAACAGCCAACCCAUGAGGGUAUAUUGCAGUUUAUGGAAUGCAGACGAUUGGGCAACACAAGGUGGGAGAGUCAAGACUGAUUGGACAAAAGCUCCAUUUAUUGCCUCCUACAGGAAUUUUAAUGCAAAUGGCUGCGUAUCUGGAUCACCCGGCACAUCUUGUGUUUCGGAAACUGGUGAAUCUUUAAACAAUGAGGCAUGGAAAACUCAGGCACUUGAUGCCAAUGGCCGGAAUAGGCUGCGAUGGGUACAACAAAACUAUAUGAUAUAUAAUUAUUGUACUGAUAUUCAAAGGUUUCCUCAAGGACUUCCACCUGAAUGCAAGCGUUCAAGGUUCUAG